AUGGACCUGGAAUUCAAGUCAACUGUUAACUUUACUGUCCUCAGCUGUAAUGUAAAAGAAGAAGAUGUAUCCAAAAGGGAAUCCUGCAGUUUGUUCUGGGACGACCUCACUAUGGAUAUCAGACCAGAGGAAAGGUACACAACAGAACUGUACUUAACCUUGUCAAUAGAAUUCCUUAUACUACGAACAUAAAAGUAUAGAUUGUAUGUUGUAGCAUGCGCUUCCAUUUAGGAAUUAAUUCAAUUUACACUAUAUUUACAGUUGAGUUUGUAAUUCAUCAGUUUGUAAUUCAGUAUGUAGCAUCUUAGCUACUAUGAUUCACUGAAGUUUUGCCUUCAACUCAUCAUAUAUUUUUAGUAAAGACUCAAAAUGCUAUGUUAUAUGUUUUGCAUGGACACAGUAUAUGAUUACACAGGUGGUGUCAUCACUCACCUUUGUGUUUGAGUUUAUACUUUUUUUUAUGGGAUCUCCUUAGUAAACUGUCAUUUAAUGUCAUAAAAUAUAAUAUAGUUAUUUAAUAAAUAUAUCAUGCUGUAAGUUAUAUAUAUAUACUGGAUAAAAAAAAUUACUGAAUUCAUCUUUGAUAGGUGUUUUUUUUUUAUUCACUAUUUAUUAUCAGACCACUACUACUUUAAAGGCAGUAUAAAUGUGUUUUUAUAUUAAACAGUAGGGAUAUAAUUCUCAAACCAAAUCAAAACAUAAAGCAAAAAAAAGUAUGUACCAAUAAAUGCAAUCCGUAUAUAUCACGUUAUAAGACAGGUAUAAGGUUUCGUGGAAGGAGCCCAAAAAUGCAGCUGGGACAGAACAGUAAUAGCGAGGUACAGAUAGGGAUCAAGCAAAGAUGUGGUCUGGAAAGGCAAAGGACAGGACAGACGGCACAAGUUUGUGAAUUGUUAAUCAAAAUGGGUCAAACAACAGGAGACAAUAAAGCAGGAUAACAACACAGAUGUGAACACAGUUCAACUGAGCGGAGAGGUCGGAGAGACUAGCUGUUAAAUAAUGAAGAAGAGGCAUGCCUGCUCCACGUCAUCCCUGAGUCUCAGAUACACUGGUAUAGCCCAGUCUCUUUUAAAGGACUGCAGCUCCAGGGUGCGCACGUUUAGAGAAGGCGUGUUCCCCCAUGACUCAGCCCACCCGCCAUGCCAUAUUGGAGGAGGGCAUCCUAACCGCUCUGCGGAAAAGGGUCACAAGGAUACUCAUGACAUCAGGGAAGAUGCUUGCUCCUAACCUGCAGCAAUGAAUGGACCGAGUCAGUUCAUACCAGAGAUGCGUGCCAUUGCGACAAUAGGCACAUGUGGAAAUUGCUGCACAUAUGCUUUUUUUUGUUCAGAGAGGAAGGGAGACUGAAUAAAAAGAUAAGCAAAAUUUAUUUGUAGGUUCAGGGAAGGGAUCUGGCAUUUAGGGGGAUUAAUGAACAUUCAAAACAUUAAAAGUGAAUAUUCUUUUUUUAUUGUUGGAGUUUCUUUAAGUUACAAAUAUUCUAGUUUUAGGAUGACGGUGGCAGGACUUAGUGAUUGACUAAAAGUAGGAGUGAAAUAUAGAGUAAAGUAAAAAAAAAAGCCAAAAUUACAUAUUUCUGCAGCCGGAUUAGUGGUUGCACCAUUGAAUAAAAAAAAUGGAGAUUGUAAAAGGAGUAUUCCACACUUCUCAUGUUAAGGGUAGAGGAUAAACCGCAUUGUACAGAUGUUUAUGGGAACAGACCCAAUCCAACAGACGGAGCUUCUUCUGUGCAGUAUUCUCUUGGAGGAUAAACAUUUUUUUAUUUAUAAAAAUGUGUGAACAGGAAGGAUACAUUGAGAUUUCUCUUGUUUUCAAGUAUAUUUAACUAUAUAUUUAUUUAUUUUACUUCUGCAUUUUUGUUAUAAUGCAGUAUCUAUAAAAUGAAUUAAAGAAAUGGGAUUAUUGUUACCCAUUUUUUCCUUCAAGAUUAAAAUCUGAAAAUAACAGUGCCAUGGUUCUGAAAGGUAUGAAGAUAAAGCAGAUGGUCUAUAGUGUCAAAAAUGGUUGGAAUGUCAAAAGGAAUUAGUAGAGUGGUGACCUACAAAAUAUGACCUUGUUUUCAUCAGCUAUCUUGAGUGUCAAUCAGAAAGGCUCAACUACAGCAGUAAUAUCAUGGCAUUUGUAUUAUUUGCCAUUUUCUGGCCUGAUGCAACCUUAGCACCAAGCUUCUCUGUAGUUGAUGUUUUCAGCAUGUUAUAUUUAGAUUAGGCAACUGAUGCAAUAUUAGUGAUAACGUAAACAGCGGGUUACUUAACAUUUGCCUUCUGCUAUGAAGACAUUUAUAUUUUCUGAGAAGGGAUGGUGCAGCUAUAAUGAAUAUUAAUUGUCUAAAUGACUGGAUAAUUACAGAUGCUGUUGACAUGUAUGUAUAGUUUAGUGCAAUAAAAGUUGAUAUUUACAUAGUUACAUAGCUGAAAAGAGACUUGCGUCCAUCAAGUUCAGCCUUCCUCACAUUUGUUUAAUGCUGUUGAUCCAAAAGAAGGCAAAAAAACCCAGUUUGAAGCACAAUUUUGCAACAAGCUAGGAAAAAAAUUCCUUCUUGACCCCAGAAUGGCAGUCAGAUUUAUCCUUGGAUCAAGCAGUAAUCCAAGAAAAUAUUUGUAACAAAAACAGAGAAUAUGAAAACUCUGGGAAUGAACAAAAGUUUAGAGGUACUCAGUAGCUUUCCCUUCAUUAAAUCCCUGCUCAGGUCUCAAAAUAGUUUUUUCUCACUUGUGCCAUUACAGAGAGGACCAGUUCCAGGGCACAUCAGACUAAAUUCACCCUAAAGGGCAGCCCAGAACCAAAAUGCUGGCAAAUUCUCUCUGCGCUAGAGAUACAGCAACCCCGGACAAUCUUUUCAGCCUUCUUCAGGCCUCAUCAGCAAGGUGUAGAUGCAGAGGCGUAACUAGAAACCAUGGGGCGCCGGUGCGAAAAUUGCCCUUGCCCCCCCCAAUAUAUUUCUCCCCUCCCCCAGUCCCUCCAUGUGUCACACUCAUGCCCCUCAAUGUGUCUCAUUCAUAUUAACACACAGUGACAUACAUGCAGAUACACACACGGACACACAUACACACACGCAAAUGCAGACACACAAACCAGCACACAGAUACAUAUAUAUACACAGACACACAUGCAGAUAUACAGACACACACUGACACACAUGCGGAUACACAGACACACAUACAGACAGAUAUACAGACACACAUACAGACAGAUACACAAACACUUAAGGACAAACAUUAAAAUACACAGAAUGACACUCUUACAGAUACUAACAGUGGCACACAUACAGAUACACAGGGCACACACUGACAUACAGAUACACAGACAUACAGUGACACAAACACACACAUACAUAAACAGACACACAAAUACAGAGGCACACACACACAUACAGAGACACACAUACAUACAGACACACAUACAUAAACACACACACACAUUAAUACAGAGACACACACACAAACAAACACAAAGAGACACACACACAGACACUCACACACACACACACAAUCAGUGGCGUACACAUGACCCAUGGUGCCCCGGUGCGAAAAUUGAUCUGUGGGCCCCCCGCGCGCGCGGGCCGGACCGCAACAAAUGGCGGUGGGCACCUGGUCGCAGGGGUUACAGGGCUGCGACCCCUGCGACCGCGGUAUGUACGCCAGUGCAUGCAGAAGCACACACACUUAAAGGACCACUCUAGGCACCCAGACCACUUCAGCUUAAUGAAGUGGUCUGGGUGCCAGGUCCAGCUAGGGUUAACCCAUUUUUUCAUAAACACAGCAGUUUCAGAGAAACUGCUAUGUUUAUGAAUGGGUUAAGCCUUCCCCUAUUUCCUCUAGCGGCUGUCUCAUUGACAGCCGCUAGAGGCGCUUGCGUGCUUCUCACUGUGAUUUUCACAGUGAGAGCACGCCAGCGUCCAUAGGAAAGCAUUAUGAAUGCUUUCCUAUGUGACCGGCUGAAUGCGCCACAGAAGCCUUGCCGCUACAGGCGCAUAAACACGGGGAGGAGAAGAGGAGGAUCGGAGGAGGAUCGAGGAGGAUCGAGGAGGAGAGAGUUCUCCCACCCAGCUGGAAAAAGGUAAGUUUUUACCCUUUCCAGAGCUAAGGGAGGGGGCCCCAGUGGUAGCACCUCUGUGAUGGCAGUGCCAGGAAAACGAGUAUGUUUUCUUGGCACCAGUGGUCCUUUUAAAGGACCACUACAGACACCUAGAUCACAUCAGCUCAAUGAAGUGGUCUGGGUGCCAGGUCCCUCUAGUUUUAACCCUGCAGCUGAAAACAUAGCAGUUUCACUGAGGGUUAAUCCAGUCUCUAGUGGCUGUAUCACUGACAGCCGCUAGAGGAGCACACUGAACGUCCAUAGGAAAGCAUUGAGUAAUGCUUUCCUAUGGGCGGUUUGAAUGCGUGCGCGGUCGCAUUUGGAGCUGAGAGGCUGAGGGAUCCCAGCGCCAAGGGAGUCCGGCGCUGGAGAAAGGUAAGUGCUGAAGACACACACACUCUCACUUACAGACGCAUACACACUAGCUAACAGACACACACAUUUACUGACAGAGACACAGUCAGCGACAGACAUACAUACACACUCACUUACAAAACAUACACUCUCUUUGACAAACACACACUCACUAACAGACAUCAAACAGACUCACUAACACACACACACACACACUCUGUAAGACACACACAGUAACACACUCACUGACACUCACUAGCAGACACACACACUCACACUCACUCUAACACUCACUAGCAGACACACACACUAACACUCACUCUAACACUCACACACACUAACACUCACUAGCAGACACACACACUAACACUAACACUCACACUGACACACACACUAACACUCCCACUAACACUCACUAGCAGACACACACUAACACUCACACACACUAACACUCACUAGCAGACACACACACUAACACUCACACACACUAACACUGACUAGCAGACACACACUAACACUCACACACACUAACACUCACACACACUAACACUCACUCUAACACUCACACACACUAACACUCACUAGCAGACACACACUAACACUCACACUCACUAACACUCACUCUAACACUCACACACACACUAACACUCACUCUAACACUCACACACACUCAAACACUAACACUAUUUUUUUUUUUUAAUUUAAUCCCCCCAGCCUCCUUACCUUUUGGAGUGCUGGGGGGAUUCCCUGGGGUCCAGUGGUGCUGCUGACCCCAGGCAGGCGGGUGGCCGGUCGGACAGGCGGGCGCGCGAGGGAGCACUCACUGCUUCCUCUUCAGCUCCCUCGCGCGCCGCGUAGGGAUGCCGGAGCCGGAAGAUGAUGUCAGUGAGUGCUCCCUCGCGCGCCCGCCUGUCCAACCGGCCACCCGCCUGCCUGGGGUCAGCAGGGCCAGCCUCGGGGGGGCCCUGGGGUGGUCGGCUCCUGGGCCCUCCAGGGGAAGAGGCUGGCCCAGUGGCUACAUACCGGGUCGCAGGGGCGGCCGGGCCCCCUGGUGGGCCGGGCCCAGUCGCAGCCGCGACCCCUGCGACCCUGGUAUGUACGCCACUGCACACAAUCACACAUGCACAAUAAUUUAGCCACCAUCCUGUUUCCUACCUUUUAGAUGUAGGAGAGUGUUUUCUCUUGGGUCCAGUGGCUCAGGCUGAUGGGAGUCACAGUUCCCAUUCUGACUCCCUCCUCUCCUUCUCUUCCUCCUGCACGGGCUGGGAACACGUGAUCCCAGCGGCUCUACUGCAUGGGCGGGGGCAGUGAGCACAGGGUCCACUUUUGGAUUACCCUUUUCAACUUGGGGAGAGCCAAAAUAAUGCAUUGCAACAAAACAGAGAAUGUGAGAACUCUGAGAACGGACAAAAGCUUAGAGGAAAACUAGCUUGCCCUUUGGUAAAUCCCCACUUAGGUCUCAAAAUAUUUUUUUUCACACUUGUGCCAUUAGAGAGAACCAGUUCCAGGGCAUAUCACACUAAAACCAACCAUAAGUGCAGUCCAGAAGCGAAAUACCGUCAGGUUCUCUCUGAGCUGAGCAGAAUUGGUCUCUCCCCAAGUUAAAGGGGUAAACUAGAUGUGGACCCCAUGCUCACUGUGCCUACAGAGGUAUCAGCUACACCUCAAUGACAAGGCCCAAAGAAGGCCGAAAUGAUUGUCUGGGGUUGCUGUGUCUCUUGUGCAGAGAGAACUUGCCGGCAUUUUGGUUCUGGAUUGCCCUUAUGGGUGGUCUCAGUCUGAUAUGCUUCGGAAUAUGUUCUAUCUGUAAUGGCACAAGUGAGCAAAACAUUUUUUUUUUUUUUUUACCUGAGCGGGAAUUUAUCGAAGGGCAAGCUACUGAGUUUCUGUAAGCUUUGUCCAUUCUCAGAAUUUGCAUUUUUUUUUUGUUUCUAUGUAUAAAAUAAUGCAUAAGAUCUGUAUUCUGCAAGUUAUAUUGCAUAUCAGUAUUAGACAUGUGCACUAGUGAAAUUUUCAUUUCGUACGAAUGAUUUCGUACUAAAUAAAAAUUUCAUUCGGCAAUCCCGAAUUUCGGCCGCAAACCAUUUGUUUUCGAACAAAAUUUGUUAAAAAAAGAAUUUGUUUUCACCCAUUAGGACGAAAACAGCACUGCGCAUGUGCCCCCCCAAAAAAACAAGGAUGGAGCCGGCAGCGCUACCCGCUCCCUCCUUGUGAAAUCAUUUCUACCCCCCCUGCAUUAAAACCUAUGGGGGUCACUAUGAUGAAAUCCUCCAGCAGUGGCAUGCUGCGAGUAGGGGCGUUUCACCUAAACAGCGAGCAGCCACUGGGUGCUUGCUGUCAUUUAUAACUAAAUAUAAAUCAGUAUAGGGAUCACUAUGAAGAAAAGGGAGAUUAAAUCCUCCUGCAUGCCCUACCUGUGCCAAGUCCCCCCAUGUAGUAGGGGCAUGUCACCUAAACAGCGAGCAGCCAGUGGCUGCUUGCUGUCAUUUAAAACUGGAUAUAAAAAUGAGUAUCUUAUAUAGAAGUGAUAGAGAGCUAUGGUAAGAGUACGUGUGACCAAAAGUUAUAGCAAAAACUAUAACAAUGUUGCAAUAUGAAAAAGUAGCUAUUAUGAUCAAAAUAGCUACUUUUUAAACGUACUCUUACCAUGCUCUUUACACUUCUACACAAGAUACAUUUAUAUCCAAUGACAGUGAACAGCCAGUGGCUAUGUCCCCCAUAUUGAUAAAAGGGAGGUUAAAUACUCCCGCAUGCCCCUACCUUCAGCACAGGUCCCCCCGUUCCCCCAUCGUGGGGAACACAAAUAACUAAAAUAGAGGGGACAUAAUGCCCCCCCUUGCCUGUGGGUUACCGGUGGGGGCUAUUAAUAUAAACUGUGGGACCUAAUGUCCCCCCUGGUCCCUACCCAUGCGCGGCGGGUGGGGACCCUAAUUAAAUCAAGGGUAGACCUAAUGUCCACCCUGGACCCCACCCAUGGGCAGUGGGUGGGGACCCUAAAUAAAUAAAUAAUGGGGGGCACCUAAUGUCCCCACCAGGUCCCCACCCAUGACAGGUGGGUGGGGACCCUAAUUAAAUAAAUAAUUGGGGGGGCCAUAUGUCCCUCCCAGGUCCCCACCCAUGAGCGUCAGGUGGAGAUCCUAAUUAAUUAAAGGGGGGACCCAAAGUCCCCCCUGGUCCCUGCCCAUGAGGGUUGAAAGCCUAAUUAAAUAAAUAAAGGGGGGGACCUAAUGUCCCCUCCAGGUCCCCACCCAUGACAGGCAGGUGAGGACCCCGAUUAAAUAAAUAAUGGGGGGGACCUAAUGUCCCCACCCAUGAGCGGUGGGUGGGGUCUCUAAUUAAUUAAAGGGGGGACCUAAUGUCCCCCUGGCCCCUACCCAUUCUUUUUUUAAAGCAACCAGAGGGUUAUGAGUCAAAUUACACAGCAUUGGAAAAUUCCAAAGAACUUUCCCACGCUGUGUAUAAUGCACUCUGAUUGGUUGGAUUUCAAGCCAACCAAUCAGAGUGCUGUGACAGGUAAAUGCAGAGACUUACCUGUCAGUCUCUUCAUUUACCUGUCAGAGUACUCUGAUUGGUUGGCUUAAACCAACCAAUCAGAGUGUUCUGAGAAUAAUUGCAGGGUGUGGGAAGGCUUUAUAAGCCAUUUCCUGCCCUGCGGAGCUCAUUCUGUGCCAUGCCCUCGCUGGGUGAAGAAGGAUUAUUUUUUUAGAGUCUGGAUUUUCCAGGUCUUUUUUUACUUUAACAGUUGCGACGGGUAUUUUGGAUUUUUAUUUGGUCGUUUUUGGGGCUGAAGAAAGAAAGAAAAGAAAGGAAGAAGACAACUAAUGGUAAGUAUGAAAUUUUAUUUUACAUGGUUAGUUUAUUGGCACCCCCUCACUAUUAGGGUGAGGGGGUAGGUAGGGUAUUUUUAUUGGGGGGGAGAGUGACUAGGCUUGGGCCACCUAGGCACUUUAUUAUUUGUGAUCCCUACCUGCCGGUCAUGGGUUGGGAUAUUAGGUCCCCCCCAUUAUUUAUUUAUUUAGGGUCCCCAUCCACCGCUCAUGGGUAGGGACCAGGGGGGACAUUAGAUCCCCCUUUAAUUAAUUAGGAAUUAAUAUUAUUACAAGGAGGGAGCUGGUAGCGAUGCCGGCUCCCUCCUUGUUUUUUUUUUUUUUUGCGCAUGCGCAGUGUUAUUUUCUCCAUGCUGUGGGGUUUAAUUCCUCUGCAGCACAGAGUCUCUUAAACGAAUUAAACAAAAUGAAAAGGUAAUGCAUUCGGCAUUUGCCCUUUCGUUUAUAUUUAGUAUGUAGGGCUUUCGUUUACGUUUUAGUAAACGAAUACGAAAAAAACCAAAUUUUCGGACGAAUUCGUAUUUGUACAAAAACGAAUGCACAUGUCUAAUCAGUAGAAAAACAUUUAAAUAUUAGAUUGAGACAUAGCAACAUCAAGUAAGAAAUGUGAAUAAGUACAGGGCUCAGGUGAAAAUGGGAAAUGUAAUGUGUUUUUUUGUUGUUGUUUUUUGGCAGGGUGACAUUAUCUGAAAGUGACACUGUGCUCCAACAAGGAUAUGAAAAGAAAGAGCAAACCAUUUUCAUAAUACAACGAUCUCCUCUUCAAACCAUCACAAUUGGCAGAUUUGGAGGGGAAAUGCAAAAUUACCAUCUGCCUUAUAUGACUGUGCUCCCUGUUCCUCUGUUCACGCCAAAAAACAGAAUCAAAACACAACCCCCAGAAGAAACUCCAUCCGUGAUACAAAUGACUCAUCUGAAUGGGCCCUGUGCUGCAAAAAGAGAAGUCACAGGGCUUGUUAGCAAUUUGCCUCAGGUUAUUCAACCAAAUAAGCUCCCUGUAAGAUUCUCGAGUUUAAUAUCUCCACCACCAAAUUUACAUGACACUACUGGGCAUUAG